CAAUGAGAGAGCACGUUAUAAGGAAAUGAUCCGUCCUAGAAUGGCGGCGUUGUGUGCCUGAAUUCGAUCAUUAAGUUGCACAAAGAGGAGGAACAAGAUUAUGGUGUAGAAAUGUCCUUCAUGGAUGUUGAAGAUGAUGACUGCAGCGUGUUUGAUGGAUAUGAUAGUCUGGAAGACGAUGGCAGUGACAGCAAUAGAAACCUCACCACAGAUGAUUCGAGCAAUGACCUGGAAGAUGAGGAACUUGGUCAGGUGCAGGACAUGGAUACGGAGUCGAUAUGUGGAGCGAUAAAUGAUGAUGAGUCAUCUAUUGAUGGAGGACUUAGAAUUGCUACCUGUGAGAUGUGUGGCAUUGUUGGAGCACGAGAAACCUUCUAUUCCAAAACCAAAAGAUUCUGCAGUGUCUCCUGUUCUCGAAGCUACUCUUCCAACUCCAAGAAAGCCAGUAUCUUGGCUAGAUUGCAGGGAAAACCACCUACAAAGAAGGCAAAAGUGUUAAACAAAGCCUCAUGGUCAUCUAAAUUGGGGGCAUUUCUGCAGCAGCAGUCCAGUGGGAAGGGAACAGAUGUUGCUCAGAGUAACAAUUCGGCUGUUAACCAAGGAUUUGAAUGGGGAAAAUAUAUCGACGAGCACAAAUGCCAAGCCGCUCCUGUCAGCUGCUUCAAACAUGUUCCACUUUUUGAUCAGUGGGAAGAUGUUCUGGAAGGAAUGAAAGUAGAAGUAUUGAACCUUGACUGUAAUCUGCCAAACAAAGUCUACUGGAUUGCACAAGUCAUAAAGUUAGCAGGUUAUAAGGCACUGCUGAGGUAUGAAGGAUUUGAAAACAACCCAAAACGGGAUUUUUGGUAUAAUCUGGGAACUGCAGAUAUCCAUCCAAUUGGUUGGUGUGCCACAUUUGGCAAGCCUCUUGUGCCUCCUCAGACUGUUCGAAACAAGACCACUGACUGGAGGGCCUAUCUGUUAAAGAGACUAAUUGGAUCUAAGACUCUACCAGUUGAUUUUCAUUAUAAGAUGGUGGAGAGUAUGAAAUAUCCUUUUCGACCAGGAAUGCGUGUAGAAGUUGUUGAUAAGACACAAAUCUCACGUACACGGACAGCAGUUGUGGAUACUGUGAUUGGGGGGCGCCUGAGACUGCUGUAUGAAGAUUGUGAAGAUGAUGAUUUCUGGUGCCACAUGUGGAGUCCCCUCAUCCAUUCAGUGGGAUGGUCCAAAAGAGUGGGUCAUAAAGUGAAACACCCAGGAGGAGUGACCAGAGCAGGCAUAAACUCAUACCCAACGUUCAGGAAAAUCUUCUGUUAUGCUUUGCCCCAUCUCUUUAAAAAGGUACGAGCUGUUUAUGCUAAUGACGAUUGGUUUGAAGAGGGGAUGAAACUGGAGGCAAUUGAUCCACUGAAUUUAUCCACUAUUUGUGUUGCCAGUGUCCGAAAGGUAUUGUUGGAUGGAUAUCUGAUGAUUGGAAUUGAUGGAUGCGAGGCGGCUGACGGUACUGACUGGUUCUGUUAUCAUGCUUCCUCUUGUUGCAUCUUUCCUGUGGGAUUCUGCAAGAAGAAUGACAUUGAAUUAACGACUCCCAGAGGUUGGGAGAAGUGCUUUGACUGGGAUACAUACUUGAGAGAUACUGGUUCCAAAGCAGCUCCUGCAAGUCUAUUCAUUAGGGACAUUCCAUACCAUGGGUUUGAACCUGGAAUGAAACUUGAGGCCGUCGACCUGAUGGAACCACGCCUGAUCUGCGUCGCUACAGUGACACGCAUAGUGAAUCGUCUAUUGCGGAUCCAUUUUGACGGGUGGAGUGAUGAAUAUGAUCAAUGGGUAGACUGUGAGUCGUCAGACCUGUAUCCAGUGGGCUGGUGUGAGUUGACCGGCUAUCAACUCCAAAUGCCUGUAGAUCCAGCUCUGGAAAAACCUGCCACGAAAUCAACAGAAGCCCCUAAGACAAAGAGGAAACCUUACGGGAAGAAAAAAAGAAAACCGAUUCAAAAGGUGGCAAAACGUGGAACGAAGAGCAAACCUGGAACAUUGGCAAAAGAGGAACUACCUGAAGAUGAAAUCAUUGCAGUACAGGUGAAGGAGGAGACAGUUGAUUCAUCAACACCACUGGACCCCAGCAACCUACUGAUCCCUGUAGAAAACAUCAAGCAGGAACCAGUGGACUGAGUGAGUCCGACACCCGCAUUAAAGCUGCAGUGUGCCCGUGUGAACUGGCUAAUCUUCAACCCUGUAAGUGAUCGUCUUUUUGGACUGGUGUCGGAGAAGGAGAACUGCAACCAGGAGCCCCAGACCUUGAGCUGGCUUGAGUGGAUCCGACUGGUUUAAACUGGCCAGGACUGGAUCCUGCCAACAGAAGCAUUUUACGCUAGGUUUCUUUUGUUGCUAAUUCCAGCCUGCCAAAAAAUCUUAGGAUUUAUUAAUCAGUCGGGAGAGUUCUGCAGUACUAUGUCAGUAGAAAUAUUGUGGCUGAGCAAGGCAAAUGUGUGUUUUAGAAAGUACAGUCUGUACAGAAGUGUCAGAUUCUGUAAAACAUUGGUAUAGUAUUCAGUGCUCAGAUGUGACAGCCUUAAGUGUGUAAUGUUUAAACUGAGAUUUCCUCCUCUCCCUGAAUGUGUUUAUACCUUUGCCCUUAAGUCCUUUAUCUCACCCAUGUGUCAUUCUUUGUGCGGGAACUUGAAAACUGAGCAGAGAUCAACCAUUUAAUCUUAUGGUGGUGAAGGAAGUCAUUGUGGCCCAGCCUCAUCUACCUGGUUGUUAGAUUCCGGCUGAUAUCGAUGCUGGUGGUCAGUGGCAGGGAUUGUGCUUAUUCUCAACUGUAACAAAUUUUGGAGAUGAUGCCGUUAGCCCAGCUAGGAUGAGUUAGCUUGAUGCAGGUAGUCAAACCCAGUAUCUUUUAUAGUCUGCAUCAAUCUAUGCCACAAUGGGAUGUCUCUUUACCUAGUAUUCUUUCUCUCAUUGAUGCUUUUCAGUUUGCUCUCUCACCCACCCAUUUUUUUUUUUUUUAAAUGCAUAUAUCCUUGCUUGGCUGUAGUUCAGUGGUAACUUGCUGCCUUCCAGAAGCUCAGCCAUUUGGUUGUUCUUCCUGUCCGAGUGUUGGAAUCCAGUUAACAGGCUGAUCAACAGUGGGAGCCACACAGCCUUCCUGCAGCGUGUAUGUAAAAUUGUGUGAACAAGGAGCAGGACUAGGCCACUCAAGUGCUUGAGCCUGCUCCACCAUUCAAUAAACGCAUGGCUGGUAUGAUUACUCCUCAUUGCAGCCAACCCUGAUGGUCUUUGGCUGCCUUGCUUAUCAAGAAUCCAUCCAUCCUUAAAAAUUCAAGAAUGCUACUUCCACCAGCUUUUCGAAGAAAGCCAUUCCAAAUAUACAUGACCUUUUCACAAAAAAAGUCUCCUGAUCUCUGCCUUAAAUGAGCGACCCUCAUUUUGAAGCAGAAGAUGAGACAUCAUCUCUACGAUUACCCUAUCCAGGUGAGGAUCUUGUGUUUCAAUCAAGUUGUAUCUGCUCCAGCUCCAGAAGGAUUUGGAGGUAUGAUACAAGAGCGAGGGUGGAAGGGGCAGUGACUGGACAAUAUGGAGGCAUAUUUCCACAGGCACCUUACAGGGUAGUAAUUCUUGGAUAUUUUCCCCAUCUCUGACCAAGGAACUGAAUUUAAUUGUAACUUGCCCAUUAUUGUUUGGUCCAGACUGAAAUUUGAGCCUGGCAUCUGCGAGACCUAUCUAUCUCACCUAUUCAUUGUAUUAACCUAUUGAGUCCUGAGCGAAAGCUCCAUCCUUACCAUUUAGUAAUUGGGAGAAAAGGUGGUUCAGUGGUUAGCACUACUGCCUCACUGCGCCAGGGACCUGGGUAUGAUUCCACCGUCAGGCUGUGUGGAGUUGUGCACAUUCUCCCCGUGUCUGCGUGGGUUUCCUCUGGGUGCUCCGGUUUCCUCCCACAGUCCAAAGAUGUGCAGGUUAGGUGGAUUGGCCAUGCUAA